AGGAUUUUUCCCAAUAUCUCUCCUAUUUGUGAUAAAUGUAAAACAGAGGAUGCUGAUUUGGCUCAUAGUUUUAUUUUCUGUCAUAAAAUACAGGGAUUCUGGUGUGAGCUAUUUAAAGUGCUUUCAGAUAUUCUUAAUGUGAACUUGGCUCCAGACCCUGUGCUCAUUAUAUUAGGGCAUUGUAAUUAUACAUGUUCAUUGAACAGUGCUCAACAGAAAUUCCUUACAUUGUUAUUAUUGUUUUGGAAAAAGGUUAAUCCUCCCGUGAUCAAACUAUGGCUUGAGGAACUGAUAUCUACUCUGCACUUGGAACGAACCAGAUAUCUUUUAAAAGGCAACAUUAAACAAUUUCACAAGAUUUGGGACCCUUUCUUCUGUUACUUCAAAAGUAAUUAUAUUCCUUAAUUCAGUGUAUUGUAACUUAAGUUAUUUUGAAUGUCACUGUAUUGUAUAUUAACAGGCUUGGGAUGGGGUGUUAAAUUUUUUUUUUUUUUUUUGUGCAUAUAAGAAAAUUAAUCCUGGAUAAUGUGAUUAUUGUAAGGUGUUUCUGAUAAUUGAAUAAAAAUUAAUUCGACAAAAAAAAAAAAAAAAGUGUAGAUUCAGAGAAAGACUGUGACAGAUAACGGUCAGUUCUGAUACAGUAUACCUGGCAAUUAUGGGAUUUGAUAGGUAUUUACAUGGAAAAACAAUGACAAGGUAGAGCAUUGGAAUGAAAAUCGCAUUCUGUGUGAAUGGCCCCUAAGGUUGUUCUCAGCAGGUCCAAGAGCAAUGAGAAGAUGUUGCAGCCAAACAGUGAAAAGGUUACAGUGGCGAUAUUGGUAGAAUAUUGCAUACUUCUCAGCCAGUCAGAUUCGACGACUAGAAGUAGUAGUAGUCUUUUUUUCUGUCUUAUUUUUAUUUUUUUUAACUAUUAGAAUGUUUUUAAAAUCUGUAUAUCAAAUGUCCCGGAAUAUAAUUUGCACCUCCUUAUUUAUUUUUAUGUUUUUAUUAUUAUUAUUAUUUAAAAGAAGACAAGUCAAUAGCUGUACUUUUGUACAUCUGAUAUACAUUUUGUUGUCUUAAUGUAAUGAUUUAGAGGUUAAGAACUACAUGGUAAUUUUUUCACUGUCUCAGAGGAACUAAAUCAUCUGAGCAUCAGGCCAUUGUCUUCAUAAUUUACAUGUCAGAUAUAAACAAACAUUACCAGCACAUCUCAUUGUAAAGGGACAGAAUGUACUUUAACAGUAGCCUGUAAAACAAAAUAAGUGUGGCAGGUUUGCUUCUCGUUAUUCUUCAUUAUAUUUUUUUAACUAUCCAGUUAUUGCUAUUAUUAUAGUUAUAGUAUAUUCUUAUAACAUUAAAUGCAAUAUUUUCUACAUACAAAAAAAGGCCCAUAUUGAAGGACUAAUAUUCAUCAUGCCAGUGGGAAAUGUUAACUUUAUAAAGAAUUUUGUAAUAGUCUGCUUUCCUGGACUUCAGCCUCAUUACUAUGGCUUUGUAUCAGCAACCCCAUCAUUUAUUGUUUGAGAACAGAAGAAAUCAAAAAUAUACUAAGAAUAAAAAAUUCAAAAUAAACAAAUUGGUAUUCCUUUACAGUUGAUCUGAUGUACUUCAUUUAAUGAGUUGGCCAAACAGUUGCUGUUGUCAUAAAGCCAUCAAUUCUAGAUAUCUCUAUAGUACAAAAUAUACAACAAAUUUCAGUAAGAGUUUAUGGACUACACUGAAGUCUUUUGAAGGGCUACUGAAAAUCUGAUCUAUCUUUUUUUCUUUCCUUUUUUUUUUUGCUUCUUCUGCUGUAACAUUAUUUGCGUAGCUAAUAAUAUAUUGUAGACAAUAUGGUAUUGAUAUGCAAUAUGUAGGCCUUGUGUUGGCACUCUAAAUAGGAAUUUUUCCACUCUGCAGCUCAAAUUUAAUUUAAUUAAUCAUAUACAUCAUAUAAAUCCAUAUAAAUUCAUUAUGUAAUGUUAUACAAAUGUAAAAAUAAAAAUUGUGAAUGAUAUGCCAUAUAAUUAUGAUUCAAGGUGACCUCUCUGAGUAGUUGUAAUUUACUUCGAACACACCAUUUUUGUCACAAAUGAAACACAAACCGCAAAUUAUUUUAUCUUAGUUUCUGUUAAUGUUGCAGAGAAAACUGGCUUCUCUUGUUGAAAAUGUUGUAUUUGUUGAUAAUAUUCUGUAUAAUAUUGUUAUAGUUUAGGAAGUGCUAUGUGCACACAACUAGUGCAGUGCACCAAAAAACUUUAAAUAAACCAGAAGCGGUAAUGAGUGAGAAUGCCAGCAUUUUCUCAUGCACUUGAAAAUUGUUGCAUUCACACAUAAGAGUCUCUCAAGGUGAUGAUACUGUCAGUGUCUGUGUCUUGUGUUUUGCUCCCCAUUACCCAGUUUCUCCCGUGUUUUGAUUGUUCAUUGAUUUCAGGUGCGUCCAAUUACGUUCCAUGUGUAUUUAAGCCCUGUGUUUCCUGAGUCCUGCAUGCUGUCUUAAAUGUCUAUCAAGUUGUGCCACAUGUGUGUUCCCUGUGAUUUUGGUCUUUAAAGAAGUUGAUUGUUCAAGACCUCCUUCGUCUCCGCGCUCCUUUGUAUCCUCGUUUCUACACAGUAGGCAAACCGUAACAGAAAACAGCACCUACAACAUAAACGGCGCCCCUUUUCCCUGUUUUGUUUCCGUUUUUUCAAGAGUUUUUUGUUUUCCAUUUUCCCCACCGUGAACCAUGGAAAUUGCCACUCGGGCCAACUACCAUCGCCCCGUGGACCUCCCAGACACCACUGGACUGUGCUGGAGGGAAGGUAUCCUCUGGUGUCUGGAGAGUGUCCGGCCCCAAUUCCACUCUUUUGUCAAGCCUACCAGCCGUUCCUCAGUCAAGCCCGCCAGCUGCUCAGAAAUCGAAAUCGCAUUCACUCUCAAGCCUUCAGCUGACAGCUGCAAUCUCCUUCACCUCCUUUACCCUGAAUCUGCUCCAGUGUCAGCUCCAGCCCCUGAGUCUGCUCCAGUGUCGGCUCCAGCCCCUGAGUCCACUCAAGUGUCUGCUCCAGCCCCUGAGUCUGCUCCAGUGUUGGCUCCAGCCCCCACGUCCAGCCCAGGGAGGGCUCCAGUCCCCACAUCCAGCCCAGGGAGGGCCUCAGGGGUCGUUAUUUUCCCCAAGGAUUUUUUUUGGGGGGGGGGGGUGGUAAUAGUGAUCCAUCCAUAGAGGUCGGGCAAAUUGCUUAGGUGUGGCCUUCCGAACUGUCUGCUCCGCCAUGGCCCCCUGACAAUAUGAGGAUAAAAAAAUGAUGACAAAAUAUUCAUUUUUGGGUGAACUAUCCCAUUAAGAGAUGUAUUUCUCAUACUCAUUCACUAAAUUUGCUCCUCAAAGUCAUAAUUUUCAAGGCAAAAGAAGUAAUUAUUUCUGCUGUCAGUGUCCCUGGAGGAACUGCGUCAUCGGUGUAUCAGGCCAUGGUCUUUCAUAAUUUACAUUUCAGAUAUAAACAAAUGGAGACAAGCACAUCUCAGUGUAAGGAGCAGAAUGCACUUUAACAGAAGCCUGUGAAACUAGAGUGGCAGGUUGUUUCUCUUCUUUCUUUAUUAUUAUUUGCUAAACUGGCUAUUCUUAUAUAGGUGUAGUGUAUUUGAUCAGUAUUGUAUUUGGGAUUAUAAAAUCAAAAUACUGUUUUAUGAAGUGUAUUUAUUGUAAAGUUGUAUUUAUUAUACUAAUAUUAAAUACAGAUUUUUUUUUUCUCAAACAGAAGAUGAAAAGGCACAUAAAAUAUUUCUCUAAGCACUAAUAUUCAUCAUGUCAGUGGGAAACAUUAGCUUUGUAAAGGAUUUUGUGAUAGUUGGCUUUCCUGGACUUCAGCUUCAUUACUAUGGGAUUGUAUCAGCCGCUCUGUUUUUUGUUUAUGUUUGUACAUUGGCUGGAAAUGCUGUAUUUUUUGUUUUGUUUGUAAUGACUAAGAGCCUACAGAAACCUGUUUAUUAUUGCAUUAUAAAUCUAGUUGUGUGUGAUGUACUAUUCAGCACCACAACAUUACCAAAGAUAAUUAACAGGUACUGGUUCCAAGAUGGAACCAUUUCAUUCUUUGGUUGUUUUGUUCAGAUGUUCUUUGUGCAUUAUUUAGGCAGUGUUGGUUCUUAUGCUCUGGCUGUAAUGGCUGUAGAUCGCUAUGCAGCAAUUUGUUACCCCCUUCAAUAUCAUAGACUCAUGACAAACCGAAAUGUACUCAAUCUGAUUCUGGGCUGUUGGAUUUUGGGUUUAGUAGGUCCCUUAAUGAUGGCCAUUCGAGCUUAUCCUCUCCCUUAUUGUGCAGAAAACACCAUUAUACACUGUUACUGUGAUCAUGUUUCUAUUACAACACUGGCAUGCACUGACAGAUCACUGUAUAGUAUUUCAGCCCUAAUCAAUGCUCUUGCAGUACUACUUGGCUCUCUUGCUGUUAUCAUUUACUCUUACUGCUCCAUCUUUGUGGCAGUUAUGCGAAUUUCAAGCACUCGAGGAAGGAUGAAGACUUUUUCCACCUGCAGUCCUCAACUCAUCAUAAUUGCCCUCUUUUUCCUACCCAGGUGUUUUAUUUAUUUGUCCGGCAACAUUGGUAUAAAAUUCAACACUGAUUUGAGAUUAGUUAUUAUUAUGAUGUAUAGCCUAUUGCCACCCAUGAUCAACCCCCUCAUUUAUUGUUUAAGAACAGAUGAGGUAAAAAGGAUUUUAAGACGAUUCAAAAAGAGGAAAAUUGGCAUUUCUUUACUUUUGCUCUGAUAUGCUAUAUUUAAUAAGUUGCCACAAUGGUGCAGAAAAAAAUGGCUUAUGGUAAACAUAGAUAAAUAAAAAUAAUAUUUACCGCUGUAAAUUAACAUUUGCAGGAAAAAAAGUGACUUUUCCUGAAUACUAAUAAAAAAAUGUCUGAAUGCGCACCAGAAAACUAGAUAUAAAUACUUUUUUUUGUAGGCAUGUGAAUAUCUCAAGGCUUUUUUUUUUUUUUUUUUUUUUUCUCAAAUUUAACUUUAGUAACUUUGGUCUUGUAGAACUUGCUUUAUUCAGUAAUAAUUCCAGUGUCACAGAUA